AUGAGGGAGCUGUGUCAGCGGUGCCUCUUGUGCAAGUUGCUGUGGUGCGAGCGCUGCUCCUCCUGCCCGCGGUUGAAGGGAAACCGAGCGUCCAGGCACGCCGCCUGGGCAGAGCACCUGGCCGCGGUGGCAAAGGUGGCACUUGAGAGCAGUGUCCUCCCGCUGAGGAAGGGUUGGAAGAGACGUUGGGGGCAUGCAUGGCGGCGCCGAGGGCUCGCUGCGGAGAUGGGCAGGAAUAUCUUGAGCUCCCUGCAAACUCCUCUGCAGCUGCCCUUAACGCGAAGAGUCUCCUGCGUGUUUGCAGUCAGCUCAGCCUCUGGGCGUUCGCAGCUCCGCGGUGGUACUGGUGGUGUUCGUGUGGAGCAGGAGAAGGGGGUACUUUAUCGCACGACAGUCAUGAGGGCUGACAGGGAUGGCUCUGCUGCUCGACCCCUGCUAAGGGGUCCUGCGUUGUGUUCCAUGGGAAACAGCACCAGCCGGCUCUACAGCGCGCUCGCCAAGACGCUGAGCAGCAGCGCCGUGUCCCAGCACCAGGACUGCCUGGAGCAGCCGGACCCGGCACGGCUGGAUCCUAUAGACCCCAAGGAAUUGCUGGAGGAAUGUCAGAUCGUUUUGCAGAAGCGGCCGCCCCGGUUUCAGAGGGACUUCGUGGACCUGAAGAAAAACGCCGUCAGUAACCACCGCCCCAUUCGGGUGAUGCAGUGGAACAUCCUUGCCCAAGCUCUCGGAGAAGGCAAAGACAACUUCGUCCAGUGCCCCAUGGAAGCUCUGAAAUGGGAAGAGAGGAAGUGCCUCAUCCUGGAGGAAAUCCUUGCGUACAAACCUGACAUCUUGUGCCUGCAAGAAGUCGACCACUACUUUGACACCUUUGAGCCGCUCCUCAGCCGCCUGGGCUACCAGUGUACGUUCUUCCCGAAGCCGUGGUCCCCGUGCCUCGAUGUGGAGCAGAACAACGGGCCGGACGGCUGCGCCUUGUUUUUCCUCAAAGACCGCUUUGAGCUCAUCAACAGCGCCAACAUCCGUCUAACCGCCAUGAAGCUGAAGACCAACCAAGUGGCCAUAGCUCAGACGCUGAAGUGCAAUGAAACUGGAAGACUGUUCUGCAUUGCCGUCACCCACCUGAAAGCCCGUACCGGCUGGGAGAGGUUUCGGUCCGCGCAAGGCUGCGAUCUUCUCCAGAACUUGAAGAAUAUUACCCAAGGUGCGAAGAUCCCUCUGAUCAUCUGCGGAGACUUCAACGCGGAGCCAACUGAGGAGGUCUACAGAGAAUUUUCCAACUCCAGCCUCAACUUAAACAGCGCCUACAAGCUGCUGAGCCCCGACGGGCAGUCAGAGCCCCCGUACACCACCUGGAAGAUCCGGCCCUCGGGAGAGUGCCGGCACACACUGGAUUAUAUCUGGUAUUCCCAGCACGCCUUGAACGUGAACUCAGCCCUGGGCUUGCUGACUGAAGAGCAAAUUGGGCCCAACAGGCUGCCAUCAUUCAAUUACCCUUCCGAUCACCUGUCCCUGGUGUGUGACUUUAGUUUUAAUCAAGACCCCGACAGACUGCUGUAAUGGGUUGGAACGCCACCUGGUAUUGCAGUGUCUUAACUCACCACUAUUUUAUUUUAGAGAAGACUUUUGAAGCUGGGAGCUAUUGAAGGGUGAGGAAAUACUCUUGACGAAACAUUAUUAUUACGGGCACUCGUUUGGAGUUACACUUGCCGUUCAGCGCUUGUUAAUCUCUCUGGAGCCUCCAAGGGAGGAAGAAAGGAGCCAGUGUUCUCAUCGUGGUGUUCUUGCCGUGCCGGGGUUUGAGAACCGGAAGGCAAAUGAGCUUUAUCCUUUCACUAACCCCCGUGUUUAAGGAUUUAAUCCUCUAAUGAAUGCGGAGGCCUUAGUAUUUAAAUCAAAACACGUGUGUUUGUAAUACAACUUGCCCUGAGAGCAUGCUAAUUUUAUUUAUUUCAUGUCA